GAAAUACUUUUCGAACUACAGACAAUCCACACUGUAACUUUGUGCGCGAGUAUCAACUCAAUAACGAAGAGAAAUAGUGACUGAGAUAAGAGAUAGGGGAGCGGCUACAAUUCGAGGAUGGAACUGUGCGUGUACGACGCCUACACUACAGCUGCUUGGAAGGAACUUACAUAACAGAAGAACUCUCCUUUUUGUGCUUUCGUUGAAAAUUCGUUUUCGUGACUCGAUGAAAACCACAGUGUGUCUGAAUCGGUGCUUUAUUUGAGAGUCUAUUCUGGAGCAAAGCGUCGCUAUCACCUUUGGCAACUGCUCUGUGUCCUGUGGAGUCACUCUGAAACAAGGCAACGUUCCGGUGCAUCGUGGGGUUUGCCUCUGUGUUUCUGUCUAUGCCCCAUUGCAGUUAGAGGAGCUUGCCGUCUUUUUUUGAAGGGAUUUCUUCUUUCCACUUUCAUUUCGCUUCGGUUCCUGUCUGGGACUUGCGGUGACAAUGGCACCUCCUCCCGAGGGCGGCAGAGCGGGGUGUCAGUCGUGUCUGUCGCAGAAUUUUCAGCAUUUGCCUCACCAUACCCAGCGGGACGAGGAAACGCCUUCUCCUAAGUAUUUGUCGCAUUCUUGCUCCUCUCCAGGCUUUCAUUCGGAUGUCUGUUCUUCCUCCUCUCAAGCUGGUUGUUCUUCGUCUUCUUCGGGCGUCCGUUCUCCCGCUUCUCCCGAUGUCUGCGCUUCUCCCGAUGUCUGCGCUUCUCCCUCUUCAUCUUUGUGUGCCUCAGGAACUCUGCUCCUUUCUUCUCGUCCCUUCUGUCUCUCGUCUGGUGCGGCGGUCGAUGGAUCCUCAACAGGCUCGUGGAGACGAGAGACCCUCGAUGCGGUCGGAGGAGAGUCAGGUCGACGCAAAUUUGCAGCGAAUCACUUUCUUCCUCUGCUGACAGAGCUGUUUGUCGCUCUGUUCAAAGCACGCUGCUUCGCCUCUCUAGUUGUUCGCGUUCUCCAGGCUAUCGAGGACGAGAUUGUCGUGGAAGAGGCCUUCGUGCCAUACAUCACGACACCUAGAUCGUCUUACGCUCGGUCCGGCUCUGGAGCUGCAGACCGUGGAGACGGAUCUCCUGGCGAGGACGGAAACAGUUCCCGAGGCGACGCAGCCGUCUCGCCGCUCUCGCUCGAUUCGGGAGACAAGGAGACGUUCGAUGGAGACCCUCGACCUCAAGAGUCUCCUUCGGAAACGCCUGACGCCUCGCCGCUCGCGUCACCCACGGCUCUAGAUGCAGCGACUGCGUCGAAGCCGACCUGUGGGAAGAAGUGUGGCGCAGGAUGGCCUCUGUUCUGCCCACCCACUGUCUCUUCUUUCGCCUCCGUGUCUCUCCAUCUAGGAAGCGUACCUCUAGGGGGGUCUCUGCCCGCAGCGGCGUUCGAAGCUGGACCUGGAUGCAUGCACUUCAGACACUCGUUGAGCGCGGGGUCUGCGAGUCUCGGAGGUGGGCCGGGCAGACAGAGGCCUGAAGGCGUAAUGCCUUUCUUCACCAAGCUGAGACUCGUCGCCGCUUUUCAAAGGGUAGAUGCCCGUGCAUGCAUGACCAAAAGAAAGGUCGUACCUCCUUCUUUUCACGAGUGUCGAGAAAUCCUAAAUCUCGCGCAGAUCCUCGAGAGCAGGUCGCAGCUGCGCCUGGUCACCAUGGACGGCGACGAGACUUUGUAUCCGGACGGGGCGAACUUCACCGACGAACGCAUUGCCAGACACAUCGCAGCGCUGCUUCGAAGAGGCACCAAGGUCGCCGUCGUCACUGCCGCAGGCUACGGCUACGAAACGGCCCGCUACGAGGAGCGCUUAGGGGUGCUGUUUGAGUUUUUGAGAAAGGAAAAGAUGCCAGCGGAGGCAGCUGGAAACUUCUACGUCAUGGGCGGCGAGUCGAACUACCUAAUGAAACUUUCUCCUGCUCUCUCUCUCGAGCCUGUCGACGAGGCUCUCUGGACUUCUUUUCGGCCUUCCUGCCACCCCAGGGAUGCAGACAGACUGCUGGACAUUGCGGAAGCAGCACUGAGGAGUCUCAGCGAGGAGCUGAAACUACCUGCAUGCAUUCUGAGGAAGGCCAGGGCGGUCGGACUCAUCAGGAGGCAGUCUGUACAGGACGAAGAGGAGUGCGCCUUGGGCUGCGGCAGCGGGGACGGGAUGCGCCGAGAGAAUUUGGAGGAGAUUGUCAUGCGAGUUCGUCGAACGAUCCGAGACGAAUUCGGUCCGCACUGCAUGGUUCCGUGGAGUGCCUUUAACGGGGGCAACGAUGUGUGGGUGGACAUAGGCAAUAAAGCAGAAGGAGUCGCGCUGCUGCAAGGACUCUUCCAACUUUUUCCUCGACAGUGUCUGCACAUUGGAGACCAGUUCGGAACCAGUGGAAACGAUUUGCCUGCUCGCGUCUGUUCGCCUACGGCUUGGGUAGCAAAUCCUCAAGAGACAGCGGCACUUCUUCAUGAGUUGCUACAGGAAGAUAAAGAGGAAGCAGAAAUUCCUCCGAGAGGGGAUUCGAAAAGACAGGAGACAAAGCAAGAGUAAAGAAGGAAGGACCCGAGAUAGCGGACAGAGUCGAGGAACUCUGAAGCAUUCUUGCGUAUUCGUCUUUCCAAAGCGGGGGGAUUUUCACUUUCUGGGCUCUGAACUUUUUGAUAUCCAGGGAAGACCAAGCAUUCGGAAAGGAAAGGCUGGGACGCGGGGAAUCGUAGUGACGGUUCGUAAGUUUCUCUCUCUCUCUCUGGUUAAAGACCGCAUGGUUCUACACGUGCAUCACACACUCUCCGCUUUGUCUCCGGAUCAGUCGGAAAAAACAAUUCUGCAUGUGACGCCAGAUAUCACGAUUCAGGGAUCUGAGACAAAAGUGAUGGUGCAGCCUGGCGACGAACGAAACCAAAGAAACCUUGAAAAAUACUUCUCCGCGAGCUUUGUUUUAACAACUGAGUGUAACCGUCCAGCGAGAGGCCAGCUACAGUGUAGACAGAACGGUGAACAUGAGUGUGUUGUUUUUUUAAAGAGCUGGCACCUUAGAGGGAAACGCAUGAAAGGUGAGCUGGGUGGAAAUUGUAAAGAUCACACCGGGAAUACCUGGACAUCGAAAAAACUGAUGGAACAGAAUUCCGAGGCCGCAAACAACGAAAUCCAGGACCACCACGGGUCGACAGCUGUCCCCAGUGGGGGGAAGAGGUAGAAACAGCAGCUCUGGCCAGCUCGUUUCUUUAUGCAAAACAACCUCAGAAGGAGUAUUUCUACAUCUCUCCACACUCCCAGAUAUUUGUAUAAAUAUAUAUACAUGUGGGUGCCUCAUUGCUCGGGGUGUAUUUUGUUUCCUUGGGACUCACCCUCCCAGGAUUUUCGCUUCGUUCGGCUGUGGUCAAUCGAACUAGUUCGCUCGAGAUAUCUGGGCUUGACAGUUCCUCAGACCGUAAGCCGCUUGCGAGAGGAUUAAUCCAGCUCACAGUGGCAGAUAUUUUAGCAUCUGGCGUCAUCAACGCUUUCUCUGUGUCCAUCUGGCAACAGGAGUUCGAGGGGUCCACCAGUUGAGGUCCAGCACUCUGUUCUGCACAUUCAUGUCCGGCGAAACUUGAUUCGAUGGACACGCGUGUGUUCACCGUUUUUCCAGUGCGUCGUAUUUGGACUUUUUUGGAGCAGCACACAUUUCCUUUAGGUUGUUUCUUGGACGUCAUUCCUUCCAGAGCCAGCGGUCCUGAGCACAUGCAGGCUUUUUGUCUUCCUCGGAGAAGGACUGUUACAGACUGCUACCACGGCGACAACUGAGUUCCCCCUGGGGUGCUGCAAUCGUGACAGACCUCUGUUCUGCCAUGCCCUAUUCGUUGGCCUCUUGGCUUGUGCUUUUCUUCACUCUUCCGGACAUCAGUUGCAGCUCUCUUCACCUGCUUUGUAAUCCGUUGGGGACACAAAACGCAGACGUCAUUCUGCUCAUGAAACGCUGAUCGAUGCGACACACAUGGUGGAACCCAUCCCCGAAAAAAGACCGGAGUCUCCGUCAAUCGCUGUACAACGUUUUAUGUGGCGGUUGUCUGUGCCAAGAACGCGAAGUUUGCCGGGUUUUGCACUUGGAAAAAACGCGUUUCGCUCGACAGAAACUCGAGCUCACUGAACGGUGGGGGGAUGUGCUCGGGCCGCGACCUCCGCGGGUGCCUCGAACAACCUUCGAAGAAAGCGACCACAAAACAUAUUGCGAAGAAGGACGCAGACCGCACUCCACGCCCCCGCUCCUCACCACAACAACACAGGCAUAGACGCCUUGGGGUCUCCCUGCACCCUUUCCUGUCCCUGAAGAUUUAUUUCUCUCCUUCGGACACAAUAAUACACUCCAAUGUCAGUCUUGCAUUCCCGAGACUGAGCUACCGAUCGAAGCGCCCUUCGACACUCCUUUCGUCUCCUUCAGAAGCUGCAUGCGCCAAGCACGCAGCGACAGCAGGAACAGAUUCGGAAAACAAACUCCAGGAGAGCAUGUGCGUCAAGGACAGAAACCUGGCGACAACACAGAGACGAACUGCAGACUCUGCCGCUCGAGUUGCUCCGGAACCCAAGCUGCGUCUCUCUCCCAGCCACACCCUGUACUUGCACCGCCCUGCCUUCUCACACUCCUACUUCGACAAAGCGCUUAUGUUUCUGUACACCUUUAUAGAUACACAUGUACCCAGACACGCACAUGCAGACCCACAUACAUAUACAUAUAUAUAUAUAUAUGUAGAUAUAUGUACAAAUAUAUAUAUAUAUAUAUAUAUAUAUAUAUAUAUGACUCGGUAACAACGCAUGCACCCAGGCAGGUGAACUCUGGAGGAUACACGUUACCGUGUUCCACAGCCAUCGCUGCGGAUCUGCUCGUCGACACAGGAAGAGACAGGGACCAGAGGGAGAGAAGAGAGCAGAAAAAGAGGAAAACAACAUGCAAGAGGACGAGGGCCGAACGUUCUCUGUGCACUAUGCAACGGCCGCAGUGAGUGUCGCGCCUCAAAGAAGCGGAAAAGAGAAAGGCGUCCCCAUCGACGCAAGGGACUGCAAAAGCUGACAGACACACCGAGCCUGAGCUCCCGCGGAUCGGAUGCCUGUCUCAAAGUGCAUGCAGAAGUCCUGAAAAAAAUGCACGCGUCUUCUUCGUGUGAUUCAAGAAUCACAGACGCAGACGUCUAAAUGUGAAAACAUGCACACACAUACAAAAAUG